UUUUGCUAUGCAAACUCUAAGUGUAUAUAACGAAAAAAAAGAGAAUAAAAAGAUAAUGUGUAGAGAACGUGGUUUUGCGACACUACACCGCUUUACGUCACGCGGCUUUGCACCAUGAUGGACAACCAAGAAGAUGUUACCACAGCAGUGGUUACAGAGUCCGAAACGGUUGCCAGGUCACAGACACAACAAACACCACUUUUGCCCAAAAGGGGAGGCAGCUCGGUUGCUUGGUUAUAUUUCGGAUAUCAGCCAUCUGAUAAAGAACAAACGCAGCCGAUAUGUAAACUGUGCAGCAAAGCCGUUCCAGCGGCUGAUGCAAAUACUUCCGGCCUCUUUUACCACCUGAAGCAUUCGCCCAAGGAUCACAAUAUGAGAAGACGUCUCAGCGACACAAGCAGAUCACAGGUGCUAUUUCACGCUAUAUCUGUAAAGGCAUGGCCCCCGUUUACAUAGUCGAGAAAGACAGCUUUCGGGACCUCGUCCGUACACUCGAUCCCAGAUAUGUGAUGCCUAGUCGAAAACAUUUCAGUAAAGUGGAGCUGCCUGGCUUAUAUGCUAGUUGUCGGGCUCAAGUGGAGAGAGAGCUAUGCAGUGGUGCAACGCAUUAUGGGUUGACUACGGACAUGUGGAUGAGUAGAGCAACACAGCCUUAUAUGAGUCUCACCAUCCAUUUCAUCAAGGACUGGACCCUCCGCGCUCGGUGUCUACAGACCGUGUACUUUCCUGAGGACCACACCGGAGUGAUGCUCGCCCAAGGUCUGAGAGAUGCCUUGGAGUCAUGGGGACUGCAAGAAAGAAAUCUUGUCUGUGUCACCACAGAUAAUGCUUCCAACAACAUCUCUGCAAUGGAACUGAAUGAGUGGGAGCGGUUGCAGUGCUUUGGUCACCGUCUACAGCUAGCCAUCGAGAAUUCUCUAAAAGACCUCACCCCAACAUCCACAAGGCAGGCUGUAGAAAGAGCAGUGGGUGUCUGCAAGAAAGUGGUGAGUGCCUUCUCCAACUCGUGGAAGAGGAAACGUGAAUUGGCCAAAGCCCAAGCAGCACUGGGCUUGCCUCCCCACCAGCUGAUCACCGAAACCCCCACCAGGUGGGGCUCCCGCCAGCAGAUGGUUGCACGCUUCUUGGAGCAGGAGAAAGCCCUUUCACAGGUCCUCCUUGCAGAUAAGAAGGCAAGACAUCUUGUUCCGAGCUGGCAAGACGUGUCAAUCCUGGAUUCGCUCAACAAAGCCUUGGGCCCUCUGUUUGAAUUUACCGAUGCUUUGUCGGGGGAGAAAUAUGUAAGCGUGUAAUUUCUGAAGCCAGUGCUACGUCUCUUUAACGAUGAGAUCCUCACCCCAAAAGAAGACGAAACAGAGCUCACAAAAGCAUUGAAGGGAGGUGUUCUCAAAUACCUCAAUGACAAGUACGACGACCCAGCCACAAACGACCUCCUUGACAUGGCGACACUGGUCGACCCAAGGUUCAAGACAACUUACAUGAGGGAAAACCGGGUGGAGCUCAUCAAAAACAGAGCUGUCACACAGCUGCUGGGAAUGGUGGAGGGAGAGACGGCACCAGCAACUGAGGCAGCAAC